UUAAUGUGUGCCGGGUGGAAGAGCGGAAGCCAUGCCCGCCGUCCUUCCCCCGUCUCUCUCUCAGACCGCUCGGAGACGGACCGUCGCGGAGUUUCUGUCUGCAUGUCUCCAACAAUAUCGCCCAGACAACUCCUUUACCUCCCCCCGAAUGCAGAUUAACAGGCAUGCCAAAGGAAAAAUAUGAUCCUCCGGAUCCGCGCAGGCUGUACACCAUCAUGUCAGCAGAGGAGGCAGCUAAUGGGAAGAAGUCGCACUGGGCCGAGUUAGAGAUAACCGGGCGAGUCAGGAACUUGAGCAGUUCAUUAUGGACACUCACCCAUUUGACCGCUCUGCACAUGAAUAACAACAACCUUAGCCGGCUUCCCCCCGAAAUCGCCAAGCUCCCGCACCUGGUCUACCUAAAUCUGUCCUCCAACAAACUCCGCAGCCUGCCAGCUGAACUCGGCAACAUGGUGUCUCUCAGGGAAUUGCUUUUGAACAACAAUUGUUUACGGGUUUUGCCUUAUGAACUUGGGAGGCUGUUCCAGUUACAGACCCUUGGUCUCAAAGGUAAUCCACUGUCACAAGAUAUACUCAACCUCUACCAGGAGCCUGAUGGAACAAGAAAGCUGUUGAAUUACAUGCUUGACAAUCUUGCAGUCCACCCAGAACAGCUCCCUCAAAGACCUUGGAUCACUCUGAAGGAGCGAGACCAAACCAUGCCCACAGCCAUGUUCACAGUCAUGUGCUACAAUGUGCUCUGCGACAAGUACGCCACAAGACAGCUGUACGGCUACUGCCCUUCCUGGGCUCUUAACUGGGAGUACAGGAAGAAAGGCAUCAUGGAGGAAAUCACCAACUGUGAUGCUGACAUCAUCAGUCUGCAGGAGGUGGAAACAGAGCAGUACUACACCUUCUUUAUGGAAACUCUGAAGGAACGUGGAUACGAUGGGUUUUUCUGUCCAAAGUCUCGUGCCAAACUUGUGUCCGAGCAGGAGAGGAAGCAUGUGGACGGCUGCGCCGUGUUCUUCAAAACUGAAAAAUUUGCACUGGUUCAGAAACAUACAGUGGAGUUCAAUCAAGUGGCCAUGGCAAACUCGGAAGGCUCAGAGGUCAUGCUGAACCGGGUCAUGACCAAAGACAACAUUGGAGUGGCAGUCCUGCUGGAGGUGAAAAAGGAACUCUUUGCUGGAGGUUUGAAGACACCUACAGAGAAGCAGCUUCUGCUGGUGGCAAACGCCCACAUGCACUGGGACCCAGAAUACUCGGAUGUGAAGCUCAUCCAGACUAUGAUGUUCCUGUCAGAGCUGAAGAGCAUCGCUGAGAGGGCCUCAGUUUCAAACGGCUCCACACCAUCCACCUCCGACUCUAGCUCUAUCCCCAUCGUCCUCUGUGCUGACCUCAACUCUCUCCCAGACUCCGGUGUUGUGGAGUACCUGAGCAAUGGUGGAGUCGCAGAGAAUCAUAAAGACUUCAAAGAGCUACGCUACAGUGAGUGUCUGACCAACUUCAGCUGCAAUGGCAAGAAUGGCAAGCCGGAUGGGAGCAUCACACAUAGCUUCCAAUUGAAGAGCGCCUAUGAGAGCAAUCUGAUGCCUUACACUAAUUACACUUAUGACUUUAAGGGUGUGAUAGAUUACAUCUUCUUCUCUAAGACUCAUAUGAGUGUGCUGGGGCUGCUGGGGCCACUGGAGACUCAGUGGCUCGUGGACAACUGCAUCACUGGUUGCCCUCACCCACACAUCCCCUCUGACCACUUCUCCCUCCUCACCCAGCUGGAGUACCACCUGCCCUUACCCUCCCUGAACGGGCUGCACCUGGCUAUUCAUAGGUAGUGCAGCCCCUCCGUCCCCCCCAGUAACCUCUCCCAGUGACAGACGAUUCAAUGAGUUCCCUGCAAACUCAACCUCCCACACCUAGGAGUGAAAUAUUAUCACCUUUUACUCCUUUUUUAACCUUUGCACAGGAUUGUAUUAAUACUUUUUUCCAACUUUAAAAAAAAAGCUUGAUACCAAAUUAGGGUUGGGACUCCACUCUUAUUUUCAGUGACUGAAUCUGAAUGUGGCCCCCAGUCAGUAUCUAUGGCUGAAUGUCAAUUCUAAGGUGGUAUACCGUACACUUGUACAGUUUCAGCGUGUGUAUGGUAUAGGUAUAUAAGACAGAGGUGUCGUGUCAUGUAGCAUAACAUCAUCAGCCACCAAUGAAGUGUUAAGAGAAGUCCCUUUUCUAUUUUUGUCACUAAACUAUGUUUUAUAUGUCCCCUUAGUGUUUUAUCAAUUGAAACUUCUCAUAGAAGAAAUCCCAUUUGUAAAUGUAUGAAUUUAUGCACAACAAUCAAACUACAAAUAUGAUGUUGUUGUAUAUUAUGUAAUUGUAGCAUCUGGUACUUUAUAAAGACAAGUUCUGUUCUGUCUUCUGUCUUCAUUGUAGGGGACUUGGGCAUUGGAACUUUUCAAGUUGAGAAAUUAUAGCAUAGAACUAUGCCUGAAAUGGGGCAAAACAAUCAGAGAAAUGGAAAUUUGUAUAUGUGCAAUGUCUGAUAUUAUGCAAAAAUGGUCUUUUGUGAAGUCCUAAAUGGAUGCCAUUAAAAAGGAUCCCAGCCCUACUGACUCAAA